AUGCUAAUAGUCCUGCUGAUAGUACUACUCUCGUGGUUUAUUGGUGUCAUAUCAGCUAUUGCAUAUUAUCACUGCCCGUCACUAGAGUCUUUCUUGACACUUGUCACUGGCACGCCAUUAGCGACCGACUUGCCAUUACCCUACCGUAACCAAGUGCCCAUUGCAGAACGAUUGCGACAUGCCUUGCUUCAAGCACGAGUAGCCACGGCGUUACAACAACAGUGGUACUUGGUUUUUCGUAUGGUGUCCCUAGGAUACGGUAUUACGUUUUAUGGAAUUUUCAAGCGGUGGGGAGCCUCAGGCAACUAUCGGCAUGUGUUUGUCUCGUUUCGUGACCAUGCACCUCUAGUGGAUUAUUACUUGCAUGAUGAUGAAACGCCUCGCACUAUUGCUCACGAAUGGCAUGCAGCUGAACAAGCCAUGGUGAAUCAGCACAUACAACGAUCAUUUGAAACAUUUUGGCGGAUCAUUGAACGCUUAAAAGCCAAUCCAUCACCCGUAGCACAGGUGGACGCUGCCAUUUCCUGCUUGAUGGCGUGGCAAGUGAUUGAUCAAGGACUCGAUCAAGAUCUUUCUGAAGCCGCAAAACAGUCGUUGAUCCAGUUAUCAGAGCUUGUCAACUGUGUACCUUAUCCACCCAUUGUACGAUGGAUCCAAAUCACGAUCGCUGAUAUUUUGACAAAUCAAGGCCAUGAUACGCUCGAGAUGUAUCAACAGCAAUUAAUACGUGGUGGAUGGUGGCCCUAUGAUGAGACCUAUUAUCAUUGCAUCACGCAAAUAGCUUAUAUAUCCAGUGCACGUGGCGAAUACGACAAGGUGAUUACUUUUACAGGCCGAGCAUUACACUAUUACAAGCAGCAGCUGGAUGUGGAUGUCACAUUGGUGAGUCGACUCGUCUUGGUUCGUUGUAUUGCACUCAUGGCACGUUCCCAAUGGGACAUGUGGCUUCAGGAACGCUCCCUCGUGGAUUCUUUUGGAAAGUCAUCACCGGAACUUGUCUUCGUGGGUCGUCUCUAUAAUGCAUGGUAUAAUCGUGACAUCUCCCUAUAUGAACUUGCUUUCCGUGAUUUCGAUCGUGAAUACCCUGUGGAUGAUCAAGAUGUACGUAUCAUUGCUAGUGGCAAGGAAAGGCUCAAGGACAUUAAAAAAGGGCUGUAA